UGCAUUUUGUUAUUAAAACGCUAAUAGCUCAGUCCAUUGUCACUCGUCCAAGGGUUAUGAAAUCAACUGAUAAAGCAUUGUUUAUCUCAAACGUGCCAUCGAAAAUACGUAAACUUGCUGUUGUCUUACUUAUUUUCAAAUGUUUUUAUGUGCUCUACUAAAGUUUUUGACCAGUAAUUUUUCCAAUAUUAACUGUUGUCAAAUGUCAGUUGUGAAAGGAGCUGAGUUGUGUACAUCAAACCUGAAGACUCUAAUGUUGUGUACAGUUAUGUCCCACUUAGAUGGACUUUAUGAUGCUGCAUGUACAAUAUUCUAGCAUAUCUUUUUACUACCGUGAACACACGUUACAUUUUUUAAUUUUGCCAUCAUUAGAGCUUUGUCCUGUUAUGUGUUCUCAGGUUCGCAAAUGAAAGAAGAACGUAAAUUAGCUGCACGGGCCAAAAUGAGACCAAAAAUUGUAACAGAUUGGAGUAUCAAUGAUGUCGUGAGCUGGCUCACACAGACAGGUCACGGAGAUCUCUGCACUAUUGAAAGAUUCAGGGAACACGAGAUUGAUGGCAAAGCAUUAAUUACACUUAAAGAAGAUGACUUGAAGGCAAUGUCAAAGCUAAGGAUUGGAACAAUUAAGAGAUUGAUCAUUAGCAUAAGGCAGCUACAAAGAGAAAAUGCAACUUUGCUGUUGGAGCUCAAUUACCUUGAUUUUUUCACGCAAAACUUUUACUCACCUAAAAAUAAUGAUCUGACUCUCAGUGGAAUCACAAAUGAAAGUUCCAUAGACCAUGAUUUUUUUCCUGCUUCAAUUUCCGAGGAUGGAACGGCUUCUCAUUUACCUCCAGAAAUUUGGAAAACGUUCAUUAGCUUAGGUUAUUUAUUUAUUGUAACUUGGAUUACUGCCUUUGUGAUGGUGAUAGUUCAUGACAGAGUGCCUGACAUGAAAAAAUAUCCGCCGUUACCAGAUAUUUUUCUUGACAAUGUGCCACACAUACCAUGGGCUUUUGACAUGUGUGAAGUAACUGGUACCCUGCUUUUUGCAUUAUGGCUAGUUGUUCUUAUUUUUCAUAAAUAUAGAUUUAUAUUACUCCGAAGGUUCUUUGCGUUAUCUGGUACAGUCUUUUUACUGAGAUGUGUUACAAUGCUUAUUACAUCCCUCUCUGUGCCUGGUGCACACUUACAAUGCCAGCCUAGGAAUAAUCCUAUUACAGAUUCGUCUAGUUUGUAUAACGAAUUGUAUAACAAGAUUGAGAUGGCCUAUGUGAUAUGGCGUGGUGCUGGUAUGUCCAUUCAAGGUGUCAGAACAUGCGGUGAUUACAUGUUCAGUGGACAUACAGUUGCAUUGACGAUGCUAAACUUUUUUAUUACUGAAUAUACUCCAAGACAGAUGUACUUUGUGCACACAUUCACGUGGAUGCUCAACAUGUUUGGCAUAUUUUUCAUCCUCGCUGCUCACGAGCACUACUCCAUUGAUGUCUUUGUCGCCUUCUACAUUACCUCCCGACUGUUUUUGUAUUACCACACAUUGGCCAAUAACCAAGCUUUAAUGCAGCGCGAUUCGAAUCGAACGAGGAUCUGGUUCCCGUUGUUCAGCUUCUUCGAGUCGUCCGUGGACGGAAUCAUACCCAAUGAGUACGAGACGCCAUCGGUGAUUAUUUGCAACCUAAUCAGAGCUGUCAAGGACACCGGCAAUUAUUUGCGAAUAUGCAUGUUUGGCGUGCGUAGGUUGCAAGAAAAGUCCAAUGGUAGCGUGAGUAGUAGUAGUAAAAAGAAAUCUUAAUGCAGACAUCGUUUGUCUACAAUUCGUCAAAAAGAGGCUUACAAGUGUAACGACACACUUAUGUGAAUUCAUAAAAAAAAUUUCUAAGAAAGUAACUGUUUUAUGAAACGGUGUGAUAACAGUGUAAUUGAUAAAACAUGUAAAUCACAGCUAAACGUAAAUUGUUGAACUUUUUUUAACAGUCUUAGGUUAUUAGCUUGUUGGUCAAAAACAAUUAAAUAAAAUUUUUUACAAUUUUAUAAAAAUAAUUAAGUAUUUUUGUUCACGGUACAAUGUGAUAAAAUUAAUUUUCUGCUCAUAAUUAAACUGCAAGGAAAUGACAUUCUUUUCCAAUUUUUGAUGAGUUUGGCAAAAGGAUUUAAACAUUUCUUUUUUAAAUCAGUAUGACAUUUUUACUUUAAAAAACAAUUCAUGACAUUGUAAAAAAAAAAAACGACAUGGCAAAAGCCGUCCUUAGUUUCAAUUUCUUAGUUUAACUAGGUUUUUCAAAGGCAUUUAUCAUUCCAAAUACUUGAAAAUCGUUUCGGAUAUUAAUAAAUAAGUAGGUUCAUACGAAACAUAGAUAUUUCGAAAACUAUUUGAGAUCUCGAUUUAUCAGAUCAGUGCAAUAUUGGAAGCAUUAACAUUUAACAAUGUACAUACAUACAUAUACAUACAUAGUUUUGUGCACCUAUGAUUUGUAAAUUUUUUCUUGCAAAUUCUUCACUCUUGACAACAACAACAACAAAGAGUUAGAAGAAAUAGCAAUGACUGCGCAAGUCAAAAAAUUGUUUCUCAAACGCCUUUCUAACUUUGUACAGUAUCCUGAUGAAAAUUACAAAAGUAAUUGUGAAAAUAAUAGUAAAUUAGGAAAUAAUUAAACGAACGAACAAAUAAAUAAAGAAUUUUACAACGUUGUAGAUAGGUCCAAAGUAAAUAAGGAAUGACUGUAAUAUGUAUUAUAUUAUGUAAAAUAUUACAGUAUAGUUGUAUAAGACAUUUUUUACGGUGCCGCACAACGGUUAUACGACUUUGCCAAACUGAAUAAUUAUGUAAGAAAAUUGUUAGUCAAAACACGAGCGCCAUCGCUGUCAGUGACGCUUUUGAGUAAUUCACGUGGAUCGAACUCAGUUGUACAUAACAUAGAUAUAGCAUAUACUUUAUAUUUGAUACGUGAUUUUUAUUAUUUCACCAAUGAAAUAUUAUAAGUUCUCGUUUUGUUUUUAUUCAAUUAGAGAGCUGUGCUCGAUGUUUCAGUUUACGUAUCAUAAAUAUAAAAGACUUG